UGGGUGACAAUUUGCCUACUUGGAGUGGGGAUGAGUUUGGAGCGGGUUCUGUGAAAUGCCUUACCAUGAUGUUGCCUGAAUGAUAACGCAAUCGGCUGAGUGAGGACGUAACAGGCCGCUAAGACUUAUAGACACACUGAAGGGAAAGCAGGUGGGAUAGAACACACCUCAUGCGUGGGCUCAGAGAGGGUCCGAGGCUGUACGGAUCAUCUGACUAAGAUGGGUGUUCUCCAGCUCCACAACCCCACCCUCCCCGCCACGCUCCUGCACAGGGCCAAUCAUAUGCGUCUGUCGGGAACGCUGUGUGACGUCAUCAUCACGGUGGAUGGCCAGGAGUUCCCGGCCCACCGCACCGUCCUGGCCUGCACCAGCAAGAUGUUUGAGAUCUUGUUCCACCGCAGCAGCCUGCGCUACGCCCUCGACUUCCUCUCCCCCAAGACCUUCCAGCAGAUCCUGGAGUACGCCUACACGGCCUCCCUGCAGGCCACGGCCGAGGACCUGGAUGACCUGCUGUACGCCGCUGAGAUCCUGGAGAUCGAGUACCUGGAGGAGCAGUGCCUCAAGGUCCUGGAGACCAUCCAGUCAGAGGAGAAGCAGGACCACCUGAGUCUGAGUGGGAGGAACCACGGGUCUGGAGAGAGCGAACAUGGCAGGGCAAGGCACUGGAGGAACAUGCUAAUCUCCAAGAAGCAUUCCAUGCAGGAGGGUGGUAUCAACCCCACCGCACUGCACCACCUGGCACUGUACCACAUGACUGACAGGAGUCCCUCUAUGCCAGGGGGACUACCUAUGGGGCUCCCUGUAGCUAGUCCCACACAAGUUGGAGGGCUUAGUCUGGAGGGCCUGGGUCAGUCUCCACUACAGUACUGCCUCAAUGGAGCACAGCACCCCUCCCUGCCUCUGACUAAGAGGAUAAAGACAGAGGACAAUAACAUGCAGGUGGAUGAAGUCAAUAGCUACGAGGGCCGGUCCUCCAGCAGAGGGGAGGGAGGCUUUGAAUCGGACCAGCCCAGAGAUGAGGGCCCGGGGACCCCCCAAAGAGGCAGUGUCAUCACCUCGGCUAGAGAGCAGCACUCGGGCCAAGAGGAGGGGGGCAUAGUGGGGAACAACUCUCCUCUGGACAGUUUCCCUGGGCUGGCUGAGAAACACCUGGCCUCCCUCUACUCCUCCAUGCCCUCCAAUCACAUAGGGGAGGUGGGGUUGCCUAUGCCCAUGUCGGUGGCCCCUUCCCUGGCCAUGUCCCUGGACCUGAGGGCCUACGGGGGACUGCUGCCCCAAGGCCUGCUCCACAGGGAGAUCCUCAGCAGGCUGGGCCAGUUUGCAGCAGGGAUGAGGCGGGAGGGCCAGAGUCAGAGCUGUGGGGACUGUGGUCUCCAGCUGCAUAACAGAGAGGCCAUGGAGCAACACAGGAAGCUGCACAGUGGAGGCGAGAAGGGACACGGCUGUGAGUUCUGUGGCAAACGCUUCAUAGACAGUGUACGUCUCAGGAUGCACAUGCUCUCUCACUCAGCUGGAGCUGAGGCCCUGGUGUGUGAUCAGUGUGGAGCUACAUUCUCUGCUGAAGACGCUCUGGAGGCCCACAGACAGACACACACAGGGACAGACAUGGCAGUGUUCUGUCUGCUGUGUGCCAAGCGGUUCCAGACCCAGAAGGCUCUGCAGCAGCACAUGGAGGUCCAUGCAGGGAUGCACAGCUACGUCUGCAGCCACUGUGACCACACCUUCCCCAGCCACACCACCCUCAAACGCCACCUGCGCUCACACACAGGUGACCACCCGUUUGAGUGUGAGUUCUGUGGGAGCUGUUUCCGGGACGAUGGCAUGUUGAGGGGACACAAACGUAUCCACACGGGAGAGAAGCCUUACGAGUGUAACGGCUGUGGCAAAAGGUUCAGCCUCAAGCACCAGCUGGAGACCCACUACCGCGUACACACAGGUGAGAAGCCAUUUGAGUGCAAGAUCUGUCACCAGCGAUCCAGGGACUACUCUGCCAUGAUCAAGCACCUGCGCACCCACAACGGAGCGUCGCCCUACCAGUGUACCAUCUGCCAGGACUUCUGCCCCAGCCUGGCAGCCAUGCAGAAACACAUGAAGAGCCACAGACCCGAGGAUGUGCCCCUGGACUGGAGGAUAGAGAAGACCUACCUGUACGUAUGCUACGUCUGAGUAGGACUUAGACACUAAGACACACUAUCCUCUGUGUGGGCAGGUUUUUCAUCUUAUUAUUUCCUCUAAAGAAAAGUAAGUUGAUCAUUUCUGUGGUUUGAUUGCUUUUAUCACAAAUUGCCACAAUGAUCUGUCAUAACAUUAAACCUCCAUAUGUGUUGAAGGCUGAAAGACUACUGGUCAGGUUACCACAGCAGUGAAAGUGUUAUCUGUUAUUACAUUAAACCUGCGUGUGUGUUGAAGACUGAAAGACUACUGGUCACGUUACCACAGCAGUGAAAGUGUUAUCUGUUAUUACAUUAAACCUGCGUGUGUGUUGAAGGCUGAAAGACUACUGGUCAGGUUACCACAGCAGUGAAAGUGUUAUCUGUCAUUACAUUAAACCUCCACAUGUGUUGAAGGCUGAAAGACUACUGGUCAGGUUACCACAGCAGUGAAAGUGUUAUCUGUCAUUACAUUAAACCUCCACAUGUGUUGAAGGCUGAAAGACUACUGGUCAGGUUACCACAGCAGUGAAAGUGUUAUCUGUUAUUACAUUAAACCUCCACAUGUGUUGAAGGCUGAAAGACUACUGGUCAGGUUACCACAGCAGUGAAAGUGUUAUCUGUUAUUACAUUAAACCUCCACAUGUGUUGAAGGCUGAAAGACUACUGGUCAGGUUACCACAGCAGUGAAAGUGUUAUCUGUUAUUACAUUAAACCUCCACAUGUGUUGAAGGCUGAAAUACUACUGGUCAGGUUACCACAGCAGUGAAAGUGUUAUCUGUUAUUACAUUAAACCUCCACAUGUGUUGAAGGCUGAAAUACUACUGGUCAGGUUACCACAGCAGUGAAAGUGUUAUCUGUUAUUACAUUAAACCUCCACAUGUGUUGAAGGCUGAAAUACUACUGGUCAGGUUACCACAGCAGUGAAAGUGUUAUCUGUUAUUACAUUAAACCUCCACAUGUGUUGAAGGCUGAAAUACUACUGGUCAGGUUACCACAGCAGUGAAAGUGUUAUCUGUCAUUACAUUCUAAACCUCCACAUGUGUUGAAGGCUGAAAUACUACUGGUCAGGUUACCACAGCAGUGAAAGUGUUAUCUGUCAUUACAUUAAACCUCCACAUGUGUUGAAGGCUGAAAUACUACUGGUCAGGUUACCACAGCAGUGAAAGUGUUAUCUGUCAUUACAUUAAACCUCCACAUGUGUUGAAGGCUGAAAUACUACUGGUCAGGUUACCACAGCAGUGAAAGUGUUGCACUAGAAGGGAUAUUGAGUUCUAUCUGCUGUGACUCUGAUUGUGAGACGUAGAACCUCUCUGGUCGAAUUGCAGUACUAUUGCCACCCUUACUACGUAGAUUGGUUGAGACAAACAAACAUUUCCUGGGUUAUUAUUUCCUGUCACAUUUCCUGUUAUUGAUUUUUUGGGGUGUUUGUUUUUUGCAUGUUUUACUUGAAUGGUCUCCAUAAGCUUGAUUUAAUUUGUGUCUUAUUUUUCAAGUGCGCAUAUUAAGCAUAUAAUUUCCCCUACCUGUCAGUUAGUCUAUCUGCUCAUGCUGAUUGACAAGCAUUAAGGUGCAACAGGUUUUGAUAUUUAUGUCAUGCAUCGAUUUUGUUACCAAAUAGGUGUUGGUUAUUUUGACCCAACCUCAAGGCCGUUUAUUUUGAUAUUAGAAUAAGCGCUACCUCUUCGAUCUUCAACUUUUGCACAGAGGCAAUAGCACAUCUUAGAACUGGUGUUUUUCAUUGUGUUUUCGUUCAUCGUCUGUAGCUUUACCUUCAAAUGUCCUUUUAUAUUGGUGAAGCGGCUUGAAAUGUUCUGAGAAUUAAUCAAUGGAAUUGAUUUGGACGGUUGCCUGUUGGGUAGAAAAAAUAUUUGAAAGCCUUCAAAGUGACUUUUGUGUGAAUAAUUUUUUUUAUCAGUAUAAUUAUAGCAGUCUGUUAAACCACAGAAUUAAAACAUUUUCUAAGUGAUGAAAAGAAAGAACAUGUGAGUAAAAGUGUUGUCUUUUUACUAAACGUGAAAGGUUGAAUCACUAAAAGCAGGUUAUCGUCAGUUGUGAUGUCUGUUGCUGUAAAUGUGAUUGUAUCUUAUUCCUAGACGAGAGCCAAAAGAGGGCUUCUCUGAUUUUAAAAUGUUGUAUUUUUGUAUUACAGUGAUCUGCAAUUUGUUUACAUUUGUUUUGAUUUCAGAAACGUCUUUUCUUGUGUGUUUUGUAAGUCUCUGGAGUCUGAUUUGAGUAAGAGCCCUCCCUGUGCCUCUUUUAUAAAUGGAGAAUAGAUGUGCUGAAUACAUGAAUACAGUAUAUGUUUGUUGUGUUGACCGUUGUUGUUCCUGGGUGUUUGUUUAUUGUUGGUGAAGAACUGAUUUUCACUGCCAUGCCAUAGUAGACCCUAUUGUCUAAACAUUGUCAUUUGAAACAAGAUACUUGUUCUAAUGACUAUGGUAUUAUGCCCCAGGCACCUCAAGCCUCAAAGCAAAGUUUACGAGUGAGAUUUUCUUUCAAAAUGUUCUGUCUUGUCGAAUGGGGAUAAAAUGCACAGAAGACACAGAAUACAUAGUGGUAUUGUUAAUAACCUUUAUAAAGCUACAUGUUCAGAAUAUAUGGGUCUAUGUAACACUAUGGCCUUCUAGAACAAAAAGCCAACACUCAAUGCCAUGAAAACAAUUAAAAGCACCGACUCAUCCUCACUGUACUACUGUUCUAUUCUACAAACACAUGCACUAUAAGGAUCUUAGGAUUUCCGUGGUGGACCAAAACUAACAAAGCUCUUUCAAAAAAGUGUUUUCUUUGAUCGUUCUAUGUUGUAACAAAGCAGAAGUAGUUUUAUUUGGUAUGUGUACUAGCAGGAUGUGAAUAUCAUCAUGUAGAUAGAUAUUAUGUAAAUGUUUGUCUACCUCAGCACCAGUUCAGUCAGUGCUUGUCCUGGUGUCCAAUCAGGGUUGUUCUUCUUGCCAUGUGUGUUAAAUCCCUUUGCAUUACAGCUUUGUAACACUGUGUGUGCAAGUGUUUUCUCAGUGUGGAUUCAGGCACAGCUCUUUUUACGCAUCAGUGUUCUGUGGCAUGAUGAAAAAAGAAUAAAAUAGAGACUAUUUUA